AUCAUUCAAGAAGAUUCCUGGAUCAAGAAGAGAAUGGAAAGAGAAAAUAGGAAGUCCAGGUGCUCCAGAGUUUCGUGUUGUUUUCAGAAGUUGUGAUGAAAUGACCCAGAAGCUGCCACAUGCUCUCAUUCUAACUGAUUGAUGUGGACCAGUGACACUCUCAGGACGGUCAAGGAGCUACAGACACUGCCCUUGAAUGAAAAUGACGAUGACAGACCUACAUGCACCCCGGCCGCUCCAGCAGGCAUUUGCCGAAACGGCCUGUUUAGAAGGUGUCACGUAAAAAACCAAGCUUUUGGAAUCAGCUGCCAGGUUUCGGUCUGGGCUUCCUGUUUACGGCGAUGGGACCUUAGCCCGCUCUUUUUCAGCAAAGCCACACUCCGACCUGGGCGACACAGGAACUGUAAUCCUCUCCUGAUGGCAGAUGAGCUUCUGAAAGCUGAAGUCUCUUCAGUCUCGUCCGGGUGGCAGGACCGGCGGGGCCACCGCAGGUGUCGGAGCUCCCGGUCUGUGGUUCCGCGGCCUUUUCACUUCGUGAUGCUGCGUCUCGGUUCCUGGCUCUGCCGCUUAGCAGCUGUGCCCACGGGGAGCCCCCCCCCACCCCGCCCCGUCCUGCCACUUCCUCGUUUCUAA